AUGCUGUCGCGGGGGGCGGCGAGCGGGCGGGCGCUGCGCGGGGCAGCGCGGGCGGGCGGGCAGCCGCCGGUCCGCGGCCUCCGCGCCUCUCCGCGGGCGCGGUCCGCCAUGCCCUCCUGGGUCAUAGACCGGUACGGCCGCAACGACGUGCUGCGCUUCACCAGGGACAUGGUGUUCCCCACUAUACACUUCCCGAACGAGGUCAUCAUUAAGGUUCACGCUGCAAGCCUGAACCCCAUCGACCUUAGCAUGAGAAGUGGUUAUGGUGCAACUGCAUUAAAUAUGAAGCGGGAUCCCCUGAAACUCAAAAGCACAGACACUGAAUUUCCACUAACACUUGGUCGAGAUGUCUCUGGUGUUGUAAUGGAAUGUGGACUGAGUGUGUCUUAUUUCAAACCUGGAGAUGAGGUGUGGGCAGCAAUUCCUCCGUGGAAACAGGGCACUCUGUCAGAGUUUGUGGUAGCUAGUGGAAACGAGGUGUCUUUUAAGCCAAAGUGUCUCAGUCACACAGAAGCUGCCUCCUUACCAUAUGUAGGUCUCACAGCGUGGUCUGCAGUUAACCAAGUGGGAGGACUGAACCAAAGUAAUUGUAGUGGGAAAAGAGUAUUAAUAUUAGGAGCUUCAGGAGGAGUUGGUACAUUUGCUGUACAGCUAGUGAAGGCCUGGGGUGCUCACGUGACAGCAGUUUGUUCUCAUGAUGCCAGCACACUGAUGGAAAAGCUUGGAGCGGAUGAUGUGAUUGAUUACAAAUCUGGAAAUCUGGAAAAGCAACUUAAAACAUUACCCUUAUUUGAUUUCAUCCUAGAUAAUGUUGGUGGAUCCACUGAGAAGUGGGCUCCAGAUCUCCUGAAGAAAUGGUCAGGAGCAACAUAUGUUACCUUAGUGACACCUUUCCUGAUCAAUAUGGACAAACUUGGAGUGGCUGAUGGCAUGUUACAAACAGGAGUCACAGUUGGUUCCAAAACUGUAAAGCAUCUCUUUAAAGGAGUCCAUUAUCGGUGGGCAUUUUUUAUGCCAAGUGGCCCAAGUUUGGAUGAAAUAGCAGAACUAGUUGAUUCUGGAAAGAUUCAACCGGUUAUUGAUCAAGUCUUCUCUUUUUCUGAAGUUCCAAAGGCCUUUCUGAAAUUGGAAGGAGGACAUGCACGUGGAAAAACAGUGAUCGAUGUAAUCAGUAAAAAAUAAAGUAUC